UCCCAGAACGGCAACAGUUGAAUGUUAGUUUUCCAAAGCAUCAUGCCAUUAUAAAAGCAGGUUUUUGAGUUAAAAUGAGGGUCGGCCAUAGCCCGCACACUUGUUAUCCCACUUUGCAGGAAAGGAAGGAGAAAGAAGGAAGAUGGAAGAUCCCCAUGGGAAUUCAUCCUCCAUUAACGAGCCACUUAUUGAUAAAAAAGACUGUUCUAGCAGUGGCCAGAUUGCUGAUGAAGUGAAAAGGCAAGCAUGGCUAGCCGGGCCACUGAUCUGUGUAAGCCUGUUGCAGUAUUCCCUGCAGCUAAUAUCUUUGAUGUUUGUUGGCCAUCUCGGAGAAUUAGAUCUUUCUGGUGCUUCCAUGGCCACCUCUUUUGGCACUGUUACUGGUUUCAGCUUAUUGAUGGGCAUGUCUAGUGCACUAGACACCUUGUGUGGUCAGUCCUAUGGAGCAAAGCAGUACCAUAUGCUGGGCAUACACAUGCAGAGAGCAAUUCUUGUGCUUCUACUUGUAUGCAUUCCUCUCUCAGUCAUCUGGUUUAGCACAGCCUCAAUUUUGAAAGCAUUAGGCCAGGAGCCAGACAUUGCAGACGCAGCCGGUCAUUACGCACAAUUAAUGACUCCUGCCCUUUUUGCUUAUGGCCUUCUCCAAUGUCUCGUGAGAUUCUUGCAGACACAAAACAUCGUAAUCCCCAUGGUGCUAACUUCCGGGAUAGUCACAGUGAUCCACACUCUGACUUGUUGGCUUCUUGUUUUCAAGUCUGGCCUUGGAAGCCGAGGGGCUGCCUUAGCUAAUGCUAUCUCCAAUUGGUUGAAUGUUCUGUUGUUAGCCCUCUACGUCAUGUUUUCCCCUUCAUGUAUGAAAACAUGGACUGGGUUUUCAAAGGAAGCGCUAAAAAACAUCCCGGUUUUCCUUAAGCUUGCAGUUCCAUCUGCUAUCAUGGUCUGCUUGGAGAUGUGGUCAUUUGAAAUGAUGGUCCUGCUCUCUGGACUUCUCCCAAAUCCAGAAUUACAGACUUCAGUACUCUCAAUCUGCCUCAACACAUCAGCAACAGUUUGGACAAUCUCCUUUGGGCUUGGAGCUGCUACAAGCACUCGCGUGGGAAAUGAACUGGGAGCGGGACAUCCAAGGACAGCACAGCUAGCUGUGGGUGUUGCCAUAGUAUCUGCCGCUACGUUCUCAAUUGUGACUGGUUCUUUUCUGGUGCUGGCUCGCAAAGCCUUGGGAUACGCUUACAGCAGCACCCCCGAAGUGGUUGUCUAUGUUUCUUCCAUGAUGCGGAUCGUCGCUGUGUCAAAUUUCGUCGAUGGAUUCAUGACUGUGCUCUCAGGGGCUAUGAGAGGGUGUGGACUGCAAAAGAUUGGGGCAAUUGUCAAUCUGGGAUCAUAUUAUAUUGUGGGCAUUCCUUUAGCUGUUUUGAUGGCCUUUGUUUUUCACCUUGAAGGAAGGGGCCUGUGGUUUGGGAUGAUAAGUGCAUUGCUAGUGCAAGUGGCUUCUCUUACUGGCAUCCUGAUCAGAACAAACUGGGAACAACAAGCAAAAAAUGCGAGCGAGAGGGUACUAAGCUGCAAUCCCAAUUGAGGUUGUUUCCUGAUGCCUUCAUGCAUGAUUCAAACCUCUUAUUUAUAAAUAAAAUGGAGAAUAAUUUUGCUACAUUGUGCGAUUAUGGAUUUGUGCUAGGAAAUGUCAUUGGGUACACAAUAAUCAAAUUCAUUGUAUGACUAUGAUGAUAUAUUUUCACCCGUUACAAUACUCAUAUCUAUUUGUCUUGUUAUUG